UGAGAAAGCAAUCGCAUGCCCUGUAAUAUUUUAAAUCUGAAUGUUAGUUUAUUCUUUCAAAGAGGAGUUUCCUUCGCAGAACAAUUAUGACUUAAACAAAAAGUUCUCCAUGUGGUUACUGUUAGGCCGAUAGAAAGAAGUGUUGUAAGUUCCAUGGGAAUUGGCUGCAACAAUGGCGUCUGCAGGAGAGGUGAAGGGCGUUUACGUCGACCUGCAAUUAAUAGUUAAAAUCGAUCCAAUAAGGAGCAAAAAGGAAAAAAGAACUGAUUUGGAACUUAAACAAUGUGUAUAUUCAAUUGUAGAAGAAAAUAUUGUAGGACUUGAAAAUUACUUCAAAAAGACUCUUCAGUUCCAUUGCGUACACCUUGCACAAAACAAGGUUUCUUCAAGUGAGAGGUUGAUAUUCGUCGUACAUGACUCUGGAGAAUUAGAAGACCUCAGAAAAAUAUGUUCACCUCAUGGCCACAAGCAAAAUGAUUUUUCAUUUUUUAUGACGCUCUUCUUUAAAGAGACUAAAUUACCAGUCAGAUGCCGUUUACCAGUCGAUACAACGAUAACAUUUUUGGUGGAAAUGAAAAAAAAUGAUUUAGAAAAGGCAAUGAACAAUUUGGAAGGUGCAAACACAAGAAAGAAAGACGAAUACAGAUCGGGUGUUGACAGUAACCCGCAAGGAGCAACUGUAUAUAAUCAAGAUGAAACCACUUCUGGCCAAUCAGAAGUGAGCACCGUCGCAUCAAAAAUAGCGCAUUAUGAACGGAUAAACCAGUCACUACCAGAUGAAGGCGUGUGUGUGAUAAAGGAAUUUGUGGUAUAUGUACCUGAUGAGGUUAAAUUACAAUCCGUUCGAAUAAAAAGCCACGAUAUAAAGAAAAUGAAUGUUGAAUUGCUUCCCUUAAGCACAAUCAAGGGUAUAUAUGCUGUGUCUAUGGUUCUUCCAGCCCAGCAUACAGAUGGAAAGUACAAAUACGUUCUAACACAACGUAAAGAUUAUAUCUUUCGUCUUGUUUCCAUUGACAACGUUAUUUCGAGUAAGGACUUUUAUAUCAAAGAGCAAAGAGUGCAGAGAGACAUUCUUGAUGAUAUAUUUCCUAUCGGUGAUACCAUACUUGUUCAUCUUAAAGAUAUUCUUGUCAACGCGUCAUCGUUCGAGAAUAUACAGGACGUCUGUAUGCAAGCGGAACAACUUUGUUUUUCCUGUCCAAUCGCAAACGUAGGGGAUAUUGUGAAAAGUUUGAUACAGGACAUUCACUAUUAUGACUCUGACACGCUUGCAAUUGCUGCUUUAGCUAUAGGAAUAUUGUACAAGAUAGCCUCGUCUUCAGUACUAUUUCACCUCAAACCUGACGACGCAGCGAAAUUGGCACAUGCGCUUACAUCAAAACAAUUAACAGUAUUCCCGACGUCAUGCACAGGUACUGUGCUGGAUUUUAGCAAAGCAUUGUAUAAGGUCAUUUAUGGAGAACAAUUUAGCAUUUGUUUAUAUAUUAGAAAAUGCUCACACUUUUUGGGAGAAAAAGGAGCCGUGGCAGUGUUUGAUGAUAAUCUGAAACAUCCUAGGAAGUCAGAGCCUCUUGCAUUAGAUGAUCAAGAUGAUGAAGCAAAGACAUUAUUUAACAUUUUAGUCUCUUCCAAUACUGAUGAGACAUGCCUUAUUGAAAAAUUGCUUCGACAUUUGCCUUUUAACUUAGCUUUACAGGCCUUUAAUCAGUACUGGCAUGUCCUAACAAACGAUCGGGGGCCUAAAGAGGCCAUAAAAACUAGGGUUCGCGCACAAAUAGCCUGUGUGAAGAAAUCAAAAGAUUUGAUAAAACUAUUUGAGUUAUCCGUGCAGAUUGAGAAUUUCGUAUGUCAAAGCGAUUGUAUCUUCGGUGAUGAAAUAGAAACUUCUGUCAUAGCUUGCAUAGAGAGAAAUGUUUCAACAACACAAACAAUAAAGCAGCAUUUGUUGAAUUUUUUAAAUAACUGUUCAUGCUUUCGAAGUGUUGACGCUCAGUGCAAACUGAUUGAGGCUGUGGCACAAUCUCCUACGGCUGAGUAUAGAGCACAAUUUCUUACACUUAUGACUGUGGAGAGAUUUGUACAGGCAUAUCAAACGAUUCCAGCCGCUAUAUACGUCACUUUGAUAGAACAGGAACUAAAACAUGCACCAAGAGCUACUAAUAAAGUGACGCUUGCUAUAACUACAGUAUAUGCUAUGUUAUCGAACGAUUUGGUUAUUGAACGACAAGAUGUGCACGAGAGCAUGGAGCAGCUUGUCAAGAAAGAACUAGAAGAAUACAGCAUUAAAGACAGCAUUAAAGCGAUAAGUUCGAUCGAGCAUAUGUUAGAACAAUAUGAAAUAUUAGACACCAUCUUCAGCUGCAAUUUUAAAGACAAACUUAAAAGUUUCUCAAAACAACCGUUGGAUAUUCUGCAAAUGUUUACCGAACAGAUGGAAUCGCACCAACUUGAUUCAAGAUUGCAGGCGAGGUUUGUUUGUCUGGUAAUCGAUCAUUUUUUUCAACAAAAACUGGACUACAAUCCAUAUGUAACCUUUAAACACAUACUCAAAAGCUCGAGGUUUUGGGAAAAUAUAGAUAAAGUGAGUGGUAACAUGGCUGAAAUUGUUCAAAGCAAUGCAACCGUAAAACACAUAAUGCAGGAUUUAAAAAGCGUCGGUAAAGCUUUGCUAGAAAGAGAGGCCAGUAUACAGUUCCUGGCAGACUUAAGGCUUUUCGAUGGAAAUACAAAGCGACUUUUAGGGAUAUGUGGGCUAACGAACGAGGAAAUUAAUAGUAUUCCAGUGAUGAUAAGAGAGUUUGAAGCUGGUUUAAAGAAAACAUGUGAUAGUGUAGUUGAUGUGUUGGAAUCAUUAAAUAAAAUGGGAAAGACUCUUCCUGUACAAGGACUUCCUACGGUUUUGAAGUACAUGAAGCGAUGCCAAAAAAAAGUAAACUUAAAGCAGCUUUCGUUAAAGGAGUGCCAUUCCCAGAAGUGGUUAUGGGGUGACUAUCAGACAUUCCCUGAAAUGUGUGUUCGUCUGCAAAGUAUUGUCUCUUCACAAAUGUUUUGGAAUGUUUCCCUCGACAGUACUUGUAAAUUGUACGGUACCAACUUAACGUCCAAAGAUUUCCUAGACGAAGCGGGGACUUCAAUAGACGUUCUGUUAUCAAUUAGACAUUUGUUUGAAACUGAGGACAAUCGAAGUGAAUUGAGUGGAGAUGAAUGUCUCCAACGAGUUUCGGAAUUUGUUAAAUGUAUGAAAGAUGUUGGAGAAAAGGUUUACCUUGAAGCAUGGAAAUCACUUGAAGAUGAUGGAAAGAAAAUUACAAUAUCAAAAGUUAUGAAUAUGUUUGAAAACACCAAUGUACUGAAUGAAGUUACUAUUAUAGAACGCCAUACAAGCAAAAGACUUAAUCAACAUGUCCGGGAAACAUUGCUUCGCUUAGCAAAAAUGGAAAGUGUACGCGUAAGCGUGAAUACUAUUCAGCGAUUCCUGCACCUAUUUAAACUCGACACGUCAAGCAGUGGCGAAAUUCAGUCUGCGUUUGAUUCAUUCCAUAGGCUAAAUAAAAGUCAGGUACUUCAGGAGACUUUUGAAACUAUUCAACGGGAUCUAGAUACGAUUUUUCAACUCGUAGGCAUUUUAACAGAAGAUGCUAUUAACAUAAUGGGUGAGCUAACGAAGUCAACGCAAUUGGUGGAAUUCAUUAACGAAAUCGAGUUAGAUGAUGUAAGAAAUCUUAUAGAUGCAGUUGAAGAUAUAUCUGAAUCGCACGUACAAGAAUCUACAGUCUCCGCAUUGAUCGAAACGAAAAAGUUUCUACUUCCACUGUUAGUAACAACUUCUGAGGAGCAUGAUUGCAAAUGGGUUUUGCAUACUUUACGAAAACAAGUCGAGAAUUUGCAGGCACACGCACCCAUAUUUCCAGCAAAGAUUGCGGAAUGUUCUGAUAACCUGCAUAACUUAAAGUCGUUAUACAACAAUGUAGCUAAUCGUGGUCAACAAACUAGGGACAUAAUAAAAAGCAUUGUAUCAAAGGGUCGGUUUGUUUUCGAGAGUGUUCCACAUUCAAGUGCAGUGUUGAUGGAAGUAAAGUACAAAGAAAACAAGAUUAAAUUUGUAAAGCAGGAAUCUACUUUUUCCGACAUACGUAGCAGAGCAUUGCUUUUGCUUAAUUCGGAAAGAAAAACCACUGAUAGUGUAGUACAUCACGACGAAUUUAAAAAGUUUGUCAAUGUUUUUGAUACUUGCCUUGAAAUCAAGGAGACACUUAUUGCGUUGAAAUUAUCAGGCCAUACAAAAUACACCAAAUACAAACAGAAGCUCGAAACAACUGAAUUAAGUCACGAACGUGCCAGAUUAAAUCAAGAGCUUUGUGAAUGGACACUUUUGUUAAAGGAAAUAAGACGGGAAUUCUAUUUGAUAAAUUUUAUUCAUGGAUGUGACAUUCAUAUUCUCUAUGAAUUUCUUGAAAAUGGACAAAGAGCAAGUGAUGUCGAUAUGUUAUUGAAAUUUAUUCAUCCAGAUAUCUGUCAACAUCAUUUUAACGACAGUUACACAGAAAUGAAAGAAACGUGUUGCCACUUUCUCAGACACAUUGGCAUGUCACUGCAUCACACAUUCGAAAAGCUUUGUUUAUGUUUGCCCAGAAGGCUCAUUAAAACUGAUGAUGAGUUGAACCAAAAUAUGACUGAAAUGGUUCAUGAAGGAAAGCUACUUGUUGCAAAUUUAGACGAAAACAGUGAAUUUGUGAUACGAACAAUUUUAGCUCUCUAUCAAAACACGAAUGGAAUGAUGCCAGAACCUAAUCAGCUGUUGCUUUGCUCGCACGAAACAGCGUGGAAUGAAAUAGAAUUGCUACUGACAAGGUGUCAGGGUGCGUAUUCGUUCUUUGGCGAGUCACCUUUGUAUUGUCUUGCAAACGUGGAAAAUCUUUCAAAUGAAUUGCAGUUUCAUUUGGUAAAAGAACUACGCGAGUUUUCUACAAUGUCACAUUUUCGAUUGGCAAUAGUGUGUCGAGGUUCCAAAAAUCACCCGUUUGUUGAUCAGUUGUCAGGAUACUUAUGCAAAAUACAUCCAGUGUCCGAAAAAACUUCCUCAACCAUAUUCCGGCAGUUCUGUCCUGAAGUACGAACAUAUACUUCCGAGGUGGCAGGAUUAGGAAAAUCGACAAAAAUAUCGGAACAAGCACAAAGUAAGACCAAAGGCGUUUUGUCCUUGCAUAUAAGUGGAUUAUCACCAAAGAAGGACCUGAUUGAAAAUUUAAAGCAAUUGCAUGUGAAACCAUACCACGUUCUUCAUUUAGAUGUUGGAAGUGUAGAACAGACACAGGAGCUGGACUUGUUCAUAUUUGAACUGAUCAUUAUGAAGUAUAUUUCUGUUGGUAGCCAUUCAUUUUUCCUGACAACAAACAAUGUUUGCAUUGAACUGGCAAAUACUAUAAACAAUACUCUAAGAAACAGAAUGCACACAGCAACUUUAUUUCAACGGGUGCAUAUGACGUGGACCAAUUUCUCAGAUUUCAUCGUAAGUCAAGAAAUUAAUAGCCCAAUCCAAGUUGUGUGUCAUUAUCUACAAGCCUUGGAACAAAAUGCUCUAGAUCGCCAGGAAAUAAGACUACACGGACAUAAUAAGAUGCCUCCUUUAUCUGAGCAGCAAUGCAGAACAUUGUUGCAGAAUUCGUUUGGCAUGACUUCAGACAUUUCAUUCUCUAUUGUGCAUACAUUUUUGAAUGUUUUAGCAGACCAGCUUAAGAAACUGUCAUGCAGUGCAUAUUUCAAAAUUUCCAAUAUUGCUGAUAUGAUUGGAAAGGAUUCGUGUCCUACGGUGAGAAGUAGUCUUGUCAAAUCAAUGGUAGAGGUGUCUCGUGAAUUUGCUUCACGAUCAGUGAAUGCAUGUAGAACAUCACAGUCGGCUACUGUAGAAAAUGAUAAACGUAUGAAACACCCGUCAAAUGAUGUCGCGUCGAAACUGGUAGGAAGGGUAGAGAGCAUGAUACGUUGGGAGGAAAGCAAUCAUCUCAUCUACGUCUUCCACAACCAAGAUAUCCAGACACUUUCGCCUAUGUAUCGUGAUAAGAGCAAAGUCCCGCUUCAUAUUAAAACAUUGUUCGAAACGCAGAUGAAAAAAAGUAUGUCUGAUUUAAAUGUAAUGGAACAAACAGAAUUGCAACGUUUGCUUCAAAGAGUUGCCCGAACUAACAAAUUUGAUCUUCCGCUUGUCAAACUUCAAGAGCUGUCGAAAGGAUAUGCCUUAACUCCCGAUAAUCUUCUGAAAAUGGUUUUAAUUAUGAUGCGUAUUACUGCAAAGGUGCCUGUAGUAAUAAUGGGAGAAACAGGGUGUGGAAAAACGUCCCUGGUACGUUAUCUUGCAAGUAUAUGUGAAGUGCCUUUUGCCGUCUUAAAUAUCCAUGCAGGUGUCGACAAAAGUAGUAUCACUACCAGAGUUAUGAAUGAAAACACGCUAAGUCUCAAAAGACUGAAAGAACAAAGAUGGCUUUUCCUUGAUGAGAUCAACACUUCGGAAUGCAUUGGACUGAGCUGUGAUAUAAUUUGCCACCACAAAUGCAAUGGAGUCUUACUUGCACCUAAUUUAGUCAUCAUGGGUGCAUGCAAUCCAUACAAACUGCGAACCUUGGAAACAAUUCACACUGCUGGACUUUCAGGAAAGGUUAAAACGGACGACCUUUCAAAACUAGUUUACAGGGUAUUACCUCUUCCGGAAAUGAUGGUUGAUUUCGUAUGGGAUUUUGGUAGCUUAAGUGAAAAGGAUGAAUUGAUAUAUAUUGAAAGGAUGAUUGAAGCCGUUUUUAGUCCAAAAUUUCCACAACAUAAAUUGCUUCGGGAUCUCAUAUCAAUAUCGCAAACGUUCGUAAGAUCGAUCCAGCAAGCGUCGUGUGCUGUGAGUCUCAGAGAUGUGUAUCGUUGCCAAACACUUGUGAAUUGGUUUCGUGGGUUUUUGAAACAAAAAGGGUCAUUGCGAAACACAGAAAUCGAUACCAAUGCAAUAAUACUGGCACUUGCACACUGUUACCACAGUCGAUUUACUGAUAAGGACGACAGAAAGAAUUACAGAAGACGCCUCGCUGUAGGGUUCUCAAAAAAUGAGUACCAACAGUACACCGAGACCGUAAUCAGUACUGUAAUAAGGACUGAACAGGAAGAUAUUCUUAACAGAAUGGAUCUACCUCUCGGAACUGCAAAGAAUACGGCUCUUCAGGAAAAUGUCUUCAUGAUAAUAGUUUGCAUCCUGAACAAAAUUCCAAUUUUUGUUGUUGGAAAACCUGGUUGCAGCAAAUCGUUAGCAAUGCAAAUAAUACGUAACAACCUUAGAGGUAAAGAUUCCAGGGACGAUCUUUUCAAAACAUUGCCGCAAUUGUAUUGUGUCUCGUUUCAAGGGUCGGAGUCUUCAACAUCUGAUGGUAUAAUAAAAGUGUUUGAGAAAGCUGACAAUUAUCAAAAGUCAAACAGUAACGAUGAUGUUCUUUCAGUAGUGAUUCUUGAUGAAAUAGGGCUUGCUGAAAUAUCGCGCUUUAACCCGCUAAAAGUUCUACACAGUCUUUUAGAACCAGAUGGAAAAAGUCAACCAACUGUGGCUGUAGUUGGUAUAUCAAAUUGGUCUUUGGAUGCAUCGAAAAUGAACCGAGGUAUACAUUUAUCACGACCUGAUAUGGACGAAGAAGAAUUAUUUGAAACAGCCGUGUCAAUUAGUCGAUCAUUCACGGACAAAGAAGAAGCCGGAUUGACAAAAUCUUUUAUGAUUGGACAAACGUUGAAAUCAUCUUUGAACACCGACGAAAUUGUAGAUGAUCUGAAGGCCAUUGCUCACUGUUAUUGUUUAUAUACCGUCCAACUUCAGUUUAAAAACUUUCAUGGACUACGUGACUUUUAUGCGCUUGUGAAAUACGUCGCCAAAAAGCUAGCGUUUUCUCAGAAUGUUUUACAUGAAGAGAAAGCCAGCGUUAUUAUGGAAGGUCUUCAAAGAAACUUUAGUGGCUUAAGAAGCGAAACAAAGAGCUUAAUAGACAAUUUUCAAACCUGCCUGAGUGGAGAAAUCGACUGUCUUUCGGUAAGCCAACUUAUAAAGGCCAACAUUGAAGAUGUACAGGCAAGACAUCUUAUGAUUAUCACUAAGGGUGAGUCAGUGAUCGGCAUUCUUGAUCAAAUCUUAGAGGACACGGGUCGUACAACAAAAGAAAUAAUAUUUGGAAGCCAAUUUGAGGAGGAUCUUACAGAUGACUAUCACUAUCGUAUACUCAGUAGGAUAAUUUUAUGCAUGGAACAAGGUUUUGUUCUAAUUUUGAAAGACCUAGACGAUAUCUAUGGAAGUUUAUACGAUAUGCUUAACCAGAACUACACAAGAAUCGGGAAAAAGAACAAUUGUAGAGUCGCUCUUGGUCCAUAUAGUAAUCCGUUUUGUCACGUGUCUGAUACUUUUAGAUGCAUUGUUUUAGUUGACUCUGACAAAAUUGACCUCGCCGAUCCACCAUUUUUGAAUCGCUUUGAAAAACAAGUUUUGUCAUUUGCUGACGUACUGGAACCCAAGGAAGAAAAUCUAAAGGCAGAAAUAGAUGAAUGGUUGGAAAAAAUUAGCACGGUAAAUGAUAGUUCUUUUUCAAAACACGAUUUGUUUCCAUAUUUCAACGAUGAACUGAUAGUAUCCCUAUCAAUUUUUAGUUGUAGAUAUGAAACUACCCUUCAUGGUGCAUUUGAAUUAUGUAAGAAAAAACUUCUGCUGUUAAUGCGACCUGAUGCAAUUAUCAGGUUACACAGGGCAGAAGAUGAUGAAAUGAGAAUGAAUUGCACUACUCUUCAAGAUGAUUAUUUUGAACUUCCAAUACACUUUGGCCUUCGACAUCUAGUGCAGCACAAUAUAGAUGCAGAGAUUUCUCCUUAUACCGAUUCAAAAAAGCCAGUGUUCACAAUUACAUGUACUUACAGUAAUAUUCACGCCAAAAUUGAUGAUGAGCUAAAAGGAUUUGCUGUUCAGAUUGAAAAACUAGGGGCAUUCAAAUCAGAAAAACAGUUAUCUCUGAAGCUCCAAGAGUUUUGGCGUAAUCCUGAAACAAAGAUUUUAAUAGUUCAGUGUCAUUCGCAUGAUGAUGAAAAGCACAUCAUGCUUGCAAAAUCGCUUAUUGAAAAGUAUAGAAGGGAAGAAGAAGAAAAUGGACAAGUGAUGAUUAUUAAACACGUUUACCUUAUUAUUCAUCUUGUUGGAAGAGGGAAUGUUGCCGGAUCUUUUUCGCAGUUGAAUUUCUUGUCUGGAUGGGAUCUCUUAAUACUUGAAAACUUAGAAAGUACCCCAGUUACAUUACCUGAGCUUUGCACCAAAACUUUGAAACAAACAAUUCAGGACAUGAAACCAUUGAAAAACAACAUUACCGAUGGCCUUUUUUGGGCGUUUACAAAAAUCAAGUAUGGGUAUAUGGGACGAAAUGUGGACAGUAUUACGGAAAUCAUAUCAAAAAUGAGUCAAUCGAUAGAAUUUGUGAAAGAAAUUGAAACAAUGAUUUUGAAUAUCAUAGAAAACGAUGUUACAGAUAAGCAAAACUCUGAGUGGUUUUAUGUGGUUGCCUGUGAUCAAAGUGCUUUAGGAAGCUGUUCGUUCUUCAUGGAAGCUUUAGAAAGAUACAUUUCAUACAUAAUCAGAGGACCUCUAGCAAAAAUUAUAUUCAAGCUUGAAGACUUAGGUGCAUUAGAAUCGUUUUUCAAGGCCGAUUCAUGCACUCAAACCAGGAGAAACUGCUGGGCUGCCAUGUUUCACAACGAGAAUAUAUUUUCCAUUGCCGAUGUCAAAUCUGAAACAGGACCAGAAUGUUAUCGAUGUUCUACACCUGAUGUUUUGCUUACAAUGCCAUUUAGUUACAUAUUCUUUCAAGAAACAGAAAAGACAAAGGAUUUUUUUAUGAGAGAUGCUAUACAUGCAAAAGCAAAAUGUGAUUUAGGAGCAGAGGAGGAACUACCUGUUGAUGUGAUGAAUGAACUUAUUACCCAGCAAAAAGAAUCAGUUGAUGCAAAAGUUCCGGAAAUCGACGAUGAUGCCGUCUACGAAAGUCUUCACAAUGAUUACAUUCAAGACUUCUGCAAUUUGGUUUCUCUUUCCCUUUGUUCCGACUUGCCGGAGGAAUCUAGAAUAGAAUACAUGAAAUGGGCGCUAAAACAAAAGAUGGAAGUUGAUAACUCGUUACCAGAAACUCUCAUUGACAUCAUUGUUAAGAUGCACUGCUGUAGUUGGUUACACAUGCCCCUUUUUGCUGCCGUUUUGCACUUGUUUGACGCUUGUCGUCAGUUGUUAGAUAAUGCAGAUGCACUUGCUUCAAUUCAGUUAUUCUUAAAAAAUGUAAGACAAAACUCUGCAGUAAUAGAACCAAAUGAAUAUCUUCAUGAAGCUAUUUUGAUUGAUGAUCAAAAUGUGUUAGCUACCCCUCCUUCAAUUGAAAUUGCAAAAAGUGACUUUGAAUUUCAAAGUUCAGACGAAACGAAAAGUUUGGAGUGUGACAAUAAACAGGAUCAGGCAGAAAGCGGCCAAUCAAAUGAACAUUCAACUGAAAGUUUGCCUAUUGAAGAACAUACGCAUGAGGAAGAUCAAGAGGGGUCAAUUUGUUCUAAGACAACAAACGAAACUAGUGAAACCGAUGACGAAGUAGAUGUAUUUAAAGAUUUGGUUGCACACAUUUGCUCUUUAAUUUUACCUUCAGAAGAAAACAUGAAAACGUUUACUAAUAUACAGCAGUGGCUUGUAAUGGUUCGACGCAUUUUACUUAUUUCAGAAUAUAUUUCAGUGGACUCGAAAGAAUAUCAAUCGGUAAAGAUUUGUCACGAUUUUGCAUCAUUUGUUGUUUUUCCCCAAAACAUCAAAUGUUUAUACCAAUUAGGAAACGCUCUGAUGGAAAAUGAUCUUGGUUCUGAGGAGGUAUUUUCGCAAAUUAUCAGCGUCGUCAAGAACGGGAAGGGAAAUUAUUUACAACCAGAUAUUUUAAGAGCCAUUCGUCAGUAUUUAAUAAGUUGUAUAUCGAUGAAUAACCAUGCACAUGCUAUCGGAUUGCCUUUCAUUCUUGCAUCUAUGCAACUACUGACGGAUAAUGAUUUGCAUCUUUUGUGUGUGCCAUUUUCUUGUGCAAUUCAAGAAGAGAUUAUAGAAAAUGAAGACGUGUUGACAACUAUUUUGUCUGAAAUCGAAACCGAAGAAAACGAAAGUGAUUUCAUCCAGACUCUUGACCUAUUUGUAACUCAAUUGCAGCAAACAGGUAUGAAUAGUCAGUUUCUGCUUCUGAUUGUCGAUAUAUUUCAGGAUCACUAUAAUAACAAUUUUGACGAUUCAAACACUGACCUUAUUCUAGCGGCAGGACGAUUACUGCAAAAUGAGACAACUGGGAUCAAAAUGAUGGCUUCGGUUGCAUAUAUAAAAGCAACAAUACUAAAAAUGGCAAAUCUGAAUAUAGAAGACCAAGAAACAAAUCCUUUGUUAGAUGCUAUAGAUGCUGUUCUCAACGGUUUGAAUAAAGGACAUGUGCAUGAAACAGUAAGAACAUACUUAGUGAAGGUAUUUGGCACAAAAAUUGGUUUGUCAUCACUGGUGGAAUUAUCCAAAAAACUUUCGUGCAGAGUCAAAUCACUUGAAUCGAUUGAUUGGACAGAAAAGUAUCAAUCAACUUGUGUCGAAAACAACCCUUUGCUGUCAUUAUUUAAUACCAAAUUGGCACAGAUGGAAGACAAAUGUUUUGCUACACAUGGUAACAGUCCCAUUGCCUUUGAGAAAAGCUUAAAAGAAAUGUUUCAGACGGUCAAACUUACACCAAAUACCGACAUUCGUCUCUUUGCAAUGGGUUUGGCAGCUAAGGAAUUUUACCUACCACAGCAUCGAAAAAUAUUAUCGGACACGAAAAUGUUUACGGACAAAGUUUUCGAAGUAUUUUGUCCUGAACUAGAUAAAGAUCAGCAGACACUUUUAUCGUGCUUACUUGGUAGACGGAAUUUUGCAGUUCAGGCUUUACAAAACGAUACCCAAAUGCCAUUUCAGCAGUACGCUAUUAAUACAAUUUUGUUGAAAUUGAAUUCAUAUGCUCUUUGUCUUGGGGAUGGUGGCAUGAACUCGUUGGUGAAAGUUUGUCUUACAAAACCAAAAAUGCUUGAGGGAUUUUAUAUUCCUGGUUUUCCGGCAAAUCAAAAAAGAAAAAGUUCCGAAAAAGAACACUCAUCUCUGGAUAACCUAACACUUCAGAAAUGCAUUUGUGGUCAGGUCAUGAGCAUUCGGUCGGAAACGAAGAUUCAAAGAUGUGUGUUUUGUGGAGCCUCUUUUGACGAAGGCAGUUUAUACUCUUCGACAAUGCAUACAACUGAAACGGACCAGGAAGAAUCUAAAGGUUGGGUAUUGGCAGUUGACUGCAAAAGCGAAACAUUUGAAUUACAAAUAAAUCGAGGUAUGUCACCGCUUACUUGUGCUGUAUUACAAUUUUUCGUCACAGGAAGUGUAUAUAGUUCCUUGGCCUUACGAUUUAUUGACGAGAAGAGUUUAGAAGGCAUUGUCCCAUUUGACAGCCUUGCAGAAGGGCUCAACAACGCUUUACAAACAUUGUGGAACGAGAUAAAAUCUUCCUUAAAUCUGGACGACUACCAUACAUGUAUGUUUCUCCAUAGAGUCAUCGAAGCAAACGUCGCCUCAUUAUUCAAAACAAUCGCAAUGUUUGAACAUCCCUCUGAACGUAGACAAUGGGAAAAAGAGUUUGAGAAAAAUCUAAAUAUACUUCUGUGCAACAAACUUACGGGUAUAUAUGAAGAAAUUCAAAAUUGUGACCAGGUGUAUGAAUAUCCUGCAAACUGCUUUGAACAAACAGUUCGGGAGGCAGACUGUGAAAAUGAAGACACCCAUUCUGUCCACCAUUUAUUUAGACUAACUGCAAAACCAACCAAAGCAGACUUUAUCUCUCAGCUCUUCAUGAAAAUGAACGAAUACCCUUUCCUGGUAUACAUUAUAAAAAAUGAAGACAUUCUUUCUUUGCCGCAUUACCUAUAUGAUGUAAUUCAAUGGCAUUUGACAAGUGUUGUAACUAUAAGCUAUAAUUUCAAAAGAAACGAUUGUUUGCGAAUGUCUGUCCAAGAGUUUCAUGAUAAGGUUAUUGACAAAACAAAACGCAAAACCAGUACAGCACGAUUUAAGGAGUUUAAAAAAUCCUGGAACAGACUAUGUCAUAUAUUAAAUGACUUAGGUAUCCUGUCAGACUAUCCGUUGAUGGAAGGUACAACUAAAAUGGAAGAUUGUUUAUUGUUAGAUAUCAAUAGUCGUGUGUUUAAGGUCUUGGAAAAACUGGUACAUAUUCAGAAUGGAAUCAUCGAAAAGGCUCUAGUUCUUGCGCCAGAUUGUCCUAGUUUACAAUUCAUGAUGCAUUCAAGAGGUUUUGCACAUAUCAGAUGCACACCGAUUGCCGAGAUACGGUUCCAAAACCAAAAGGCUGACACAAUCAUAGCCAUAGAAGACGACAUAACAAACGGCGAUUUAGUACAUCUUGACAAUACUUGGGAGGAUGUAGUUUUUCAGGAAUCCCAUUGUGAGCUUGUGUAUGGUUUGGGCAAGACUAUGAAGUACGAUUUUCACAAAAUUGAAAAACGCAUGGCCGAAACUCUUUUGUUUGGAAAAUCAAUGAUCGAUUUGAAGUUUGGUAAUCUUCCAGCGAUUAUAUUUGUGGAUGAGUUGUAUAAGAAUAUCUUGUCCCUUAUAAAGGAUUUCCGUGUAUCAUGCCCGCAAAAACCAUUACCAAAAGACAUGGAAGACAUCAUAAAAAGAAAUACAAGUGACAACACUGGAAUGGCUUCUCAGAUGCUCAGUGGUCUAGACAUGGUACUAAGCCUACUCAAAAGAACAAAAUGCGAUCCUUACAAAUCUCUGGUCGAUUAUAUAAACGGACGACAAAGCAUCAUAGGGACGUCAUUUCCAACUCAGCAUCUUCCAAGCCAGUCUAUUUUAGUUUGUCAUGUAGUGGAUCUGCACGAACUCUUAGAAGAAAUCAGCGCUGAAAGAUUAAUUGAAGGAUGGCAUGACGAUUUCUCCAAUGAUCUCGAAAAGGAAAUAGAAGAACAUUUUCGAAAUAUCACAAGUAUUGCGUCCUGUGAAUCGAUAUUAAAAGCGAUUAAAAGAUUUGUGUAUCGAUGCUUGUUUAUGAGCGAAGUAGAUGCUGAACAACAACUUAACCAGUUUUUGUCCCACGAGUCCUUCUGGCCUUCGAACUCAUGGCGGAAAGGAAAAUUGCUUCUUAACGGAAAAGAAGAAGAUAUUAUGGAUGUUAUACCCGCAGACGUUCAAGUAUGCCAUAUUGGAACACUGGCCAAGCUCUUAAGCGAAAACAUCGAGAAGCAACAACAGGGAGAAGUCAGAAUGGAUGCCGUUAUAACAAGCUGGAAAUCAGUGCGUCCGGAAAAAAGUUCAAAGGUUGUCAGACAAAAGAAGACCGCGAAGAAGUUGAAAAAGUUGUAGGCGGUGGUUUACGCUGGGCAUUCAAUUAUUCGGAGUAUGCUUCUGUAUGUGCUGCAAUAACGGUUGAAGCUUUCAAAUGUAAUUGAUUAUGUGUUUACAGACAACUUUUCUAUGAUGGUAACGUAUAGAAAUAGUGCUCCUUAUCGGACGAUAUUGAUCAUGCCUAGUAUUAUCAAAAUUGCCGUCUACAGAUUAUGUAAGACAAGAUUGCAAUGCAAUUUUGAAUAUUUUCACUUAUAUGCAUUGUAAGUAUAUAUUUGUAAUAGUGAUAUAUAGUGUUUCAUAAAAACAAUAUUAUUGUCUGGAAAACUGCAUUUACGACAGAAAGUCUUCUUGUAAAAGGUAUUGUUUGCAUUGUAAAAAGAGUAGUGUAAAUAGAAAUAUAUGGAUGCUGUACAGGUUAAAUCAUUUUCCUUUGUAAAAAUGUACAUUGUUGACUUAUCAUUUGAAUAAGUAUUUGCAGUAGUAAAUAAUCAUGAAUAUAUUUGCUUUGUACAAAUUGAAACCGCUUAUGAUUGCAUGUUCAUAUUAUCUUUUUUUAUUCUGUGUCUGUUUGAUGUGUUUUCCUGUUCAAAUGAAAUCGCUUUCGGCCGAAAGUGAUUUUCAAACAUGAAUCGUUUGAUUAAUAUAUUAAGUUUUGUUUUGACUUACAUUUUAACGAGGAUGUUUAAUAAUUGCACAUAAGCUGUAGCUUAAUCAUGGUCGCAUGUUUAUGUUUUUAAUUAUCAGAUUUGUCUGUAUCAUAGUUUGCACAUAAGAAAUAUUGAGAGUGUACAUAUUGUUAUAUUUUAGAGAUAAAUUUACGAGUGGCAUUCAGAAUUUUAUCGAAUGCUUAAAACUUAAUGACGAUUGUGAGUAAUGAACAUAUAACUACAUGUAUAGAAAUAAACUGCUUGUAAAUAAGUUAUGAACGUGUAGCUUUAUAAUAUCAAAGUAGAAAACGAAUCAAUAAGUGAUGUAUAUAGUGCCCGAUUCAUUUAUAGCUUUGUUAUUAUAAUUUGCUGUUUAUGUAUGCACUGCUCGAUUGAUUGAUAUUUUUGUAUUUUCAUCAAUCAUUUAUUAUGUAGUGUCCGAUUCAUUGAUAGAUUUGUUAUUUUCUUCAUUAAUUCAUGUGCAUGUAUAUAGUGCCGAUCGAUAGAUUAGUUUAUUUUCAUUAAUUAUUCAGUUAUAUAGUGCCCGAUUGAUUGACAUUUUUCUUAUUCUAAUUAAUUAUGCAUGUAAUUUUAUAGUGCCCGAUUGAUGAAUAGUUUUAUUUUUAUUAUUAUUCAUGUAUGUAGUGCCCGAUUGAUGGAUAGUUUUGUUAUUCUAAUUAAUUAUGCAUGUACAUAGUGCCCGAUUGAUGGAUAGUUUUGUUAUUCUAAUUAAUUAUGCAUGUAUAUAGUGCCCGAUUGAUGGAUAGUUUUGUUAUUCUAAUUAAUUAUGCAUGUAUAUAGUGCCCGAUUGAUGAAUAGGUGCCGAUUGAUGAAUAUUUUUUUUUAUUAUUAUCAUUCAUGUAUGUAGUGCCCGAUUGAUGGAUAGUUUUGUUAUUCUAAUUAAUUAUGCAUGUAUAUAGUGCCCGAUUGAUGAAUAGUUUUGUUAUUCUAAUUAAUUAUGCAUGUAUAUAGUGCCCGAUUGAUGGAUAGUUUUGUUAUUCUAAUUAAUUAUUCAUGCAUGUAGUGCCCGAUUGAUGGAUAGUUUUGUUAUUCUAAUUAAUUAUGCAUGUAUAUAGUGCCCGAUUGAUGGAUAGUUUUGUUAUUCUAAUUAAUUAUGCAUGUAUAUAGUGCCCGAUUGAUGAAUAGGUGCCGAUUGAUGAAUAGUUUUUUUUUCAUUAAUUAUUCAUGUAUAUAGUGCCCGAUUGAUGAAUAGUUUUGUUAUUCUAAUUAAUUAUGCAUGUAUGUAGUGCCCGAUUGAUGGAUAGUUUUGUUAUUCUAAUUAAUUAUUCAUGUAUGUAGUGCCCGAUUGAUGGAUAGUUUUGUUAUUCUAAUUAAUUAUUCAUGUAUGUAGUGCCCGAUUGAUGGAUAGUUUUGUUAUUCUAAUUAAUUAUGCAUGUAUAUAGUGCCCGAUUGAUGAAUAGGUGCCGAUUGAUGAAUAGUUUUUUUUUCAUUAAUUAUUCAUGUAUAUAGUGCCCAAUCGAUUGAUAAUCUAAGCGUUGCUUUGUGUUUAUACUAUAUUUAAAUAUUUAUUAUAGUUUAAUGUCAUUGUAGAUAAUCAACAACAGUUGUUUGCUCGUUAGAUGAUAUCGCUUUAAGAUGGAUAACAUGUGAAAUAAUGUUAUGAAAAUGAACGCAGUGUAUAGAAAUUAUGCUACUAGUAUGUAUGGCCAUUUUAUGAUAUAUUAAACAUUUUUAACUAUUUUCGAUAAAGAUAUUUUAUUUCCUUUGCCUUUUUAUUUGUCAUAUUGUAAAUAGUAUGGAUUUGAAUUAUUGUUGAUACUUUUUUUAUUUGAAAAAAUGUGUAUUUUUGCAGACACUUUGGAGACCAAGCACAGAUGUAUAAAACUGUAGAUAUGCGAGACUAACAUAUUUACUUAUUAAUGAUUUUAGUAAUCAAAAUAUAAUCAGCAGAAAUUAAAAUCAUUUAAACAAUAUUCAUUCCAAUAAAACAUUUUCAAUUUCAAGAUAUACAAUGUUUGAGCAUAAUCCAAGCAUUUACUAGAGUGAUAGCAUAAAUGAGAUAGCUAUGGAGCUUAUCCUUUUUUCUAGCUUCCGCGAUAAUCAUUGAAUGAAUGAGUGUUAAGGACUUUAUUCUUGAAGGACUGUGCAUGAUAUAGUGGUGAUGGUUUUGCUAUUAUUAUGCUGUUUUGCUUUUUUGAUUGAUAUACAUUUGAAGUUAUUCUAUUCAUUAAUUGAACUUUUUAAAUAAUACAUGUAUACAUAUAUUCAUGGUGUCUGCAGUUUAUUUACUUUUCUUUUUGUAUUAACAUGUUUUUAUGUUUUUAAAUACAAAGUAGACGGCACAUGAACGUAAGUUAAUGAUGUCUGUUUUUAUUUACUUAACUUUUUAAAUACUAAUUAAAUUAGAAGAUGGAACAUGAACGCAAGCUGAUGCUGUCUGCAAAUUAUUUACUUUGUUAAUUUUAAUAUUUAUUAUUAUUGAACUUAGUACACGGUACAUGAACCUAAGUUAAUGAUUACUGCAUUUUAUUUACUUUACGUAUGUGAAUUAUUAUUGAACUUAGUAGACGGUACAUGAACGUAAGUUAAUGGUGUCUGCAUAUUUAUUUACUUGACGUAUGUUAAUUAUUAUUGAACUUAGUAGACGGUACAUGGACGUAUGUUAAUAAUUUUUGAACUUAGUAGACGGUACAUGGACGUAAGUUAAUGGUGUCUGCAUAUGUAUUUACUUGACGUAUGUUAAUAAUUUUUGAACUUAGUAGACGGUACAUGGACGUAAGUUAAUGGUGUCUGCAUAUGUAUUUACUUGACGUAUGUUAAUUAUUAUUGAACUUAGUAGACGGUACAUGAACGUAAGUUAAUGGUGUCUGCAUAUUUAUUUACUUGACGUAUGUUAAUUAUUAUUGAACUUAGUAGACGGUACAUGGACGUAUGUUAAUAAUUUUUGAACUUAGUAGACGGUACAUGGACGUAAGUUAAUGGUGUCUGCAUAUGUAUUUACUUGACGUAUGUUAAUUAUUAUUGAACUUAGUAGACGGUACAUGAACGUAAGUUAAUGGUGUCUGCAUAUUUAUUUACUUGACGUAUGUUAAUUAUUAUUGAACUUAGUAGACGGUACAUGGACGCAAGUUAAUGGUGUCUGCAUAUGUGUUUACUUGACGUAUGUUAAUUAUUAUUGAACGUAGUAGACGGUACAUGGACGUAAGUUAAUGGUGUCUGCAUAUGUGUUUACUUGACGUAUGUUAAUUAUUAUUGAACUUAGUAGACAGUACAUGGACGUAAGUUAAUGGUGUCUGCAUUUUUAUUUACCUUACGUACUUAUAAUAAUUAUUUAUCUUAGUAGACGGUACAUGGACGUAAGUUAAUGGUGUCGGCGUAUUUAUUUACUUGACGUAUGUUAAUUAUUAUUGAACUUAGUAGACAGUACAUGGACGUAAGUUAAUGGUGUCUGCAUUUUUAUUUACCUUACGUACUUAUAAUAAUUAUUUAUCUUAGUAGACGGUACAUGGACGUAAGUUAAUGGUGUCUGCAUAUGUAUUUACUUGACGUAUGUUAAUUAUUAUUGAACUUAGUAGACAGUACAUGGACGUAAGUUAAUGGUGUCUGCAUAUGUGUUUACUUGACGUAUGUUAAUUAUUAUUGAACUUAGUAGACGGUACAUGGACGUAAGUUAAUGGUGUCUGCAUUUGUAUUUACUUGACGUAUGUUAAAUAUUAUUGAACUUAGUAGACAGUACAUGGACGUAAGUUAAUGAUGUCUGCAUUUUUAUUUACCUUACGUACUUAUAAUAAUUAUUUAUCUUAGUAGACGGUGCAUGGACGUAAGUUAAUGGUGUCGGCGUAUUUAUUUACUUGACGUAUGUUAAUUAUUAUUGAACUUAGUAGACGGAACAUGGACGUAAGUUAAUGGUGUCUGCAUUUUUAUUUACCUUACGUACUUGUAAUAAUUAUUUAUCUUAGUAGACGGUUCAUGGACGUAAGUUAAUGGUGUCGGCGUAUUUAUUUACUUGACGUAUGUUAAUUAUUAUUGAACUUAGUAGACGGUACAUGGACGUAAGUUAAUGGUGUCUUCAUAUUUAUUUACUUGACGUAUGUUAAUUAUUAUUGAACUUAGUAGACGGUACAUGGACGUAAGUUAAUGGUGUCUUCAUAUUUAUGUACUUGACGUAUGUUAAUUAUUAUUGAACUUAGUAGACGGUACAUGGACGCAAGUUAAUGGUGUCUGCAUAUCUAUUUACUUGACGUAUGUUAAUUAUUAUUGAACUUAGUAGACGGUACAUGGACGUAAGUCAAUGGUGUCUUCAUAUUUAUUUACUUGACGUAUGUAAAUUAUUAUUGAACUUAGUAGACGGUACAUGGACGCAAGUUAAUGGUGUCUGUAUAUUUAUUUACUUGACGUAUGUUAAUUAUUAUUGAACUUAGUAGACGGUACAUGGACGUAAGUUAAUAGUGUCUGCAUAUUUAUUUACCUUACGUACUUAUAAUAAUUAUUUAUCUUAGUAGACGGUACAUGGACGUAAGUCAAUGGUGUCUUCAUAUUUAUUUACUUGACGUAUGUUAAUAAUUAUUGAACUUAGUAGACGGUACAUGGACGUAAGUUAAUGGUGUCUGCAUAUUUAUUUACUUGACGUAUGUUAAUUAUUAUUGAACGUAGUAGACGGUACAUGGUACGUAAGUUAAUGGUGUCUUCAUAUUUAUUUACUUGACGUAUGUUAAUAAUUAUUGAACUUAGUAGACGGUACAUGGACGUAAGUUAAUCGUGUCUGCAUUUUUUUUACUUUACGUAUGUUUAAUAAUAAUUAUUGAACUAAGAAGACGGUACAUGGACGUAAGUUAAUGGUGUCUGCAUUUUAUUUUACUUGACGUAUGUUAAUAAUAAUUGAACUAAGUAGACGGAACAUGGACAUAAGUUAAUGGUGUCUGCAUUUUUAUUUACUUGACGUAUGUUAAUUAUUAUUGAACUAAGUAGACGGUACAUGGACGUAAGUUAAUGGUGCCUUCAUAUUUAUUUACUUGACGUAUGUUAAUUAUUAUUGAACUUAGUUGGUGUCUGCAUAUUUAUUUACUUGACGUAUGUUAAUUAUUAUUAAACUUAGUAGACGGUACAUGGGCGUAAGUUAAUGGUGUCUGCAUAUUUACUUACUUGACGUAUGUUAAUUAUUAUUGAACUUAGUAGACGGUACAUGGACGUAAGUUAAUGGUGUCUGCAUUUUUAUUUACCUUACGUAUUUAAAAUAAUUAUUUAUCUUAGUAGACGGUACAUGGACGUAAGUUAAUAGUGUCUGCAAUUUUAUUUACUUUACGUAUGUUAAUAAUUAUUUAUCUUAGUACACGGUACAUGAACGUAAAUUCAUGUUGUCUGCAUUUGCUAUUUACUCAACAUAUGUUAAUUAUUAUUGAACUCAGUAGACGGUACAUGAACGUAAGGUUUUGGUGUAAUAGACGUUACACGACUGUCUGCAAGGGUGUAGACUUUAUUUGUGUUAAUUAGUAUUUUGUUUAUCUAUUGCACUGAGAAGACGUGCAUGGAAGUAUGUUGAUGCUGUCUGUAAAUUGUUUGCUGCACCCAAUUUUAAUAUUUUUUGGGGAACAUUCAUGUGUAUAAUUAUUAUAAUUUUAAAAUCAAUAUGAAUGUGACGGAUGUAGCCACAGAUAAAAUUGUACUUUUUACUAAGUAAACUUUAUAUAUAAACAAAUGCCUGUUGAACAUUUAUUUAAAUGAUAUUUUUCUGAUUUCAUUUUUGUUAUUCCAAUGUGUGUAUAAAUUCAGUGAUUUAUGUGCUCUACGGCGCUUUUUCUUGCAACCCAAUACAUUGAAAUGCACAAUGCCUAUUUUAUGAUAAUAUUUUGAGAUUUUGUAUAUAUAAAUUGUUGUAAUAUAUGAUGUUUGCAAUUAAUUCGAUUAAUAUGUGUAUAAUUCGUGUUUGAGUGCGUGUAUAUGAUAUGUACCUAUUAAAUACAUUAUGUAAUGUGAUUUAUUAUGAAAGUGUGAAUGCAUUGGAAUAAUUAUGAGCUCCAUAUAUGUAUUUGUUUGUACAAUAUGCAGAACAUCUAGGCAAAUGAUAGGUUCGUUUUUUAUAACCGAAUACAUAUACUACUUUCUUAAUCAUUCUACUAAAUAAGAACGAACGAUCUAUGUUUAGAAUAUAGCUAUAGUUUGUUAUUCUUAACAACACAGUUAUACGCAAGAGUUGCUGAUUUCAAAACUGAUUUCUUGAUUAUAUUGUAUUUAAUAUUGUUAUUUGUAUAUAUUGAAUAAUUGAUUAAAGCAUUUCACAUUGAUUACAAUUAUAUGCAUGAGUGUGUGUGUGUGUUUUAUGGUAAAUAUAAAUAUUAAAAAA